AUGAAACCGCAGCUCAAGGUCGGACUCGAGAUCCACACGCAGCUUCAGACGCUUUCCAAGCUCUUCGCCAGCUCGCCAAACCCAACCUCCAACCUCAACCUCCCUGCAAACACAACCACAGCCUUCUUCGACGUCUCGCUGCCCGGAACGCAGCCCCGCCUCAACCCCGAGUGUGUGCUCAACUCCCUCAAACUCGCAUGCUCACUCAACUGUAACAUCCCGCCCGUCUCGUCCUUCGACCGGAAACACUACUUCUACGGCGACCAGCCCCUCGGCUACCAGAUAACACAGCACUACCAGCCCAUCGCCCGCAACGGGUCCAUAACGCUUCUGCAGAAACACCAUCUGAAGAUCAAAAGAGACCUCACCGUGCGCAUCCAGCAGCUGCAGCUCGAACAGGACACAGGCAGGUCCAUCUACCACGCCGUGGACUCCGACAUCUCCAACAUCGACUUCAACAGGGCAAACAUCCCCUUGGUGGAGAUGGUCACGCUGCCCGACUUCCAGGACGUCGAGGAGGUGAGAGCCUUUCUCCAGACAUACAUCAAGCUCGUGCAAGACCUGCAGGUGUGCACCGGGGAUCUGGAAACAGGGGCUCUCAGAGUCGACGUGAACAUCAAUGUCACGGGACAUGAGAGAGUAGAAAUCAAAAACUUGCCCACCAUCUCCGCCAUCGUCAACGCAAUCAGGUACGAGGCAAAGAGACAGACAAAGGCUGUUCUUGAUGCCGGCGCAACCGCCGUGGCCGCUGGAAUAGAGACUCGAGGUUGGGAUGGCCGCAGAACAUACCAUUUGCGUAACAAGGAGUCCGCCGUGGACUACAGAUACGUCCCCGAUAUGGAGCUACCCAAGGUCAAGCUAGAUGUCGACUCGUUGGUCCCGCAAAUCCAGGCCCUGCUACCGCAGCCGAUCUCCGAGAGACUGGAUAUCCUCAUGUCAAGUCCAAAAGAUGGCGGCCACUCGCUCACUUUGAGAGAUGCACGGAUUUUGGUCAACAACGAUGCCCUAUUACAGUUUUACACCGAAUGUUGGAACAACAUCUCCGAUGACAAGGUCAGGCUGAAGUUGAUCAAUUGGCUUGUCCACGAGUUGCUUGGAACGCUCACAAAGAGCGAGGUCGAGUUUUCGCCCAGCCUCAUCAGCUCCGACUGUUUCACAGACUUGAUUGUGUCUGUCGAGUCCGGUGGCGUUACCAAGCCCAACGGCAAGCUCCUGCUCCUGCACUUGGUGAACAACCGGGAGGACCAGCAGAAGAAGGUUCUUGAGAUCGCCAAAGAGUUUGGCAUGCUUGCCUCGAAGACCGCCGAUGCCCAAGUGUCCUCGGAUGUGGAAAACGUGGUCAACGAGAUCAUUGCUGCCAACACGAAGGUUGUCGACGAGAUCCAGAACAAGGGCAAGGUGAAGAAGGUCAACUUCCUCAUCGGGCUGUGCAUGCGUCAAACAGGAGGAAAUGUGCAGCCUCAGGUUUUUGAAGAGAAGAUCAAGCAAGUGCUUGGACUCAACGAACACUGA